UCGGCAUUUAUUCGCUGCCCGCCGGCGGGCACACUAAACGAAAAUAAUUUUGUUAACAAAAAAAAACACAACAAAUUGUGUUGUUAAAUGGCCGUGCGAGCACAAUACAAGAAUCCGGCGAAGCGCUCGACUCCAAACCAAGUGCGAAACCAAGUCCUAAUCCUCGUGGCAGUCGGCAGUUAGUAAUAGAGCAGAUCGGCCAUCGGCUAUAGAUAUACAUAUAUACCAUUCAACCAGGAUCUGAGCUUAUAGAGGAGAUCCCGGGAAGAUCCAGGGUUACGUGAUUGGGAUUACGAUUGGGACAUCCAAUGCCACGAUGAAUGUGCGAAAGCGGCCACGUCUGGAAAUGGACCUCGGUUCCACCUCAACGUCAUCAUGCUCCACCUCCACCUCCACAUCCACCUCCAAUAAUCUGGCUACCCAGCCUCCAGGCGGCCACCUUAUAGCGAAUAUUCCCAGUCAUACGGCUGACCUAUCGGAGGCCCUGGUCGGCCAUCAAAGCCUAAUCCUCACCAGCGCCACGGGAAAUGCGCUGAUGAGCAGCCAGGGUGCCCAGAUAUUCCUCACCAUUUGCGGCGAUGAGAACUCGGACGAUUCGCAGGAGUACUAUGCCAUUAAACAGGAACCCGGCUCCGAUUUGGAUGUCCACUCGCUGCUGCCCACCAAUUUGCAGCUUCCCACUGGCUGUGAGAUAUACCUGGUCAAGGAUACCACCAGUUUGGUGGCCCAGCAGCAGCCCGCAAAGGCGGCCAUCAAAUUGGAACUGGACACGCUGAGUGGAGAAAAGCGUAGGGCUACUCCUGCUGCUGCUGCUGCUGUUGCUGCUGCUGCCUGUAAGCCCGCAGUGAAUCCAGCUCCUUCGGGCAGCACCACCACCACCAGUGUCCUCUACGGCUGCCACGCCCAGGCGCAGCGAUCCCAGCCAGAAACGACGACGACUAGCCAAACGCCCACCAGCAAACUGGAGGCGUACAAGAAGCGCGAUGACAAGCGACGUGCCACCCACAACGAGGUGGAACGCCGGCGCCGCGACAAGAUCAACAGCUGGAUCUUCAAGCUCAAGGAGAUGCUGCCCAGCCUAAGCUCCACCAGCUCCACCAGUUUCUGUGAGGCCAGCACGAGUCCCAGCACCAGCGGCAGUACGAGCACGACCAGCACCAGCACGUCCAGCAGCAGCAGCAGCAGCUCCAAUCCCAAGAUUGGCUCCAAUCCCAGCAGUUCCAGCGGACGAACGCCGCCCAACGACUCCAAGUCGCAGAUUCUGAUCAAGGCGUGCGAGUACAUCAAGAGCAUGCAGGGCGAGAUUGACACGCUGCGUGACUGUCUGAGGGAAGCGGAUGGCCUGAAGGCGAGCAACCAGGCGCUGAGGGAGGAACUGGACCGCCUGAAACGGCAGCAGCAGCUCCAGGAGCGAUUCCACACGGCCAGCGGCAGGUCAACCUUCAAUGUGACCCUCAAUUCGCUGAACAGCUCGGCGACCAGCGAUCUUUUCGAGGGAAUCGAUACGACGCCCAACCUGUCCGCCGUUUCAUCGCUGGGAUUCGGCAAGCGCGGCCUGCUCAUCAGCGAUUACGAUGAGUAAGGACUCUAUGGGUUGGUCCAAAUCCAAGUCCAAGUCGAAGUCCAAGUCCAACCUGGUUUUGGCUUGCGUAAAAUGGAUAGAACAUUAGGGAGGCGGAUGGACAAGCGCUGGCGCCUCCAUAAACAUACGCCCAUCCACCAAAGAAUGACGUGCAACGUACACGCAACGCAACACACGCAGUACAAUAAACGGACAUGACGAGUGAUUUCUUGUUAUCGCCGCUCUGUUAUAUAUGUUAUAUAAGAAAGAAGCAUAUAUAUGCAUAUAUAUGCAGUCGAACUUCGGUGACUCAAAAAGCUGUUCUCAAUUGGGUUUAAUUAACAUGCUAUAACCACACAGCUGCUUUUGUAUGCUAUAUCUGGUAUUGGUAUUAUUCCUGCCCUCCCCUCCAAAAAACAAGAAAUCAUAACGUAUUUGUACAAGGGAAUAUGAUUUCCAUAUCACAUUCAUUUUCAUGUUAAGGGCUCGGAUAUUAAAACACAAAAAGAAAUAAUGUUAAUAAGAAGCUUUAAAGCAAUAUUUUUUUUUUUUUUUCUUUGUAAUGUAUUUUCAUUACGAUUAUUAUGUUAAGUAUGUAUUUGUUUCUAUUUGCACAGCGAACAUAUGAUUAAGCCACGUUUUAAACUAUUUCUCUGUGUUCAUGUAAGAUAUCAUUUCGGUUGUUAUUUUCACAACAGUGAAAUUUUGUAUUUAAUUGUCAACUAAUGAAAGUUUUAAUAUUACGAAAAAGAUGGAAUUUCUAGCUGAAAGUGAAAGUCACAAAUUAAAUAUAGUUUACGAUUUAGAUUUAAGUUUGAGAAAUGAGAGAUUGAGUAACUAAAGUUCGAUUGUAUAGUUGUCAGGUUUUUGUUCUUUUUUGUAAUGGAGAGCACUCAGAUCCUCAUGCAGUUUGCCAUCAUUAUAUACCUACAUAUUACCUAAAAAUACGAAACUAAACCUAAAAGCGUUAACGAUACCUACCUACUUGCAUAUAUACCUUGAACUAAUUCAUAUUUGAAGCAUGUUUGUGCUUGAUUUUUCGAUUUUAUUGUACUGUUUCUCGCACUAAUUACCUACAAAAUAAUGUAACAAAAUUAUAUUAUAUCUAGUUAUAUCGUAUAUAUAUAUAUAUAUAUAUAUAUAUAUAUAAAGACAAGUGUACAUACGUAGUGCAAUCGAUAAACAGUGGGAAAUCGAGGAAGAUGGGGCUAUGUAAUGCUGCACUCUUCAUCGGGGGCGUGUGCACCGGUACAUAUAACGCUAUUGUUGAUAAAGAAUAAUAAUAUAUUUGAGCAUAAAAAUUGUUGUGAAUGUUAUAUCACUGUUUUCGAUAUACGCUGUUUCAGAAGUAUACAGAACAAAAUGUUUUAAAUACGAAUAACUUUUAAUACUUAACAAAAAUGCCAAAAAAAAAAAAAAAAAACAACAAAAAAAACCAAAACAAGUUUGGGAUUGUGAGAGGGUAUUGCAUUGAACUGCAUUGUUUGGCCCAUAUAGCGCCGGCGAUAGCCGAAAUAUAUGGGAUCUUGUGUUACUUGUUGCUAUCUAUAUACAGUACAUACAAUAAUAUCACAUUUCUGUCAUUUGACAGCUAAUAAUUCUAUUCAAUUUCAAUAAACGAACUCAGUAAUGGUUAACACACAA